UAAAAUCACAGUAUAAUCCAAUUUAGUCACGUUGAAUGCUCUAAUAUACUCUCUGGCUCUGAGCUUCGAGUGAGACCAUCUAUGAACAUCUACAUCAAUCUCCAAAACGCUCUUGACCACUGCUCUUCUCUUAAUUAUUCUCUGGCUCUCUCUGUUUUGCUUUGUAGACUGACUAAUUAAAUCGGAAGAGUUGGAAAAGUCAGGGAAAACUAUAGAUGGUUGGGAAGAGGGUGGAAAUCAAGGAAGAGUUAGGAAAGGGAGAAAGAAAAACAAUGGAAAGCAGCCUUGCGUCAAGAGCGGAGAUAACGAAGGAGUGAAAAGGAGAAGUGGAUUGCGCGAUGAUGUGAUGUAUUUUCAUGGUUAGGUGCGGUAUUCUGGCUUCAGAUUUGCAAUUGCACUUUUGAAUGAUGUGUGAUAAUUGUUAAACUACAUGUUGUAAAGAUCUUGCAAAUGUAGUACGUUGCGUUAUCGUUGAAGUGACCUGCAGAAAGAGUUAAUUAUCGAAGAUAGUAGCUUAUUAGGCCGUGCAAGAUGUAUUGACUUUUAUUGUGCCUAACGCUUCGUAGAAAAAUGUCAAGAUUUCAUUUAAAAGGCAAGAGAAAAUGAAAUAAUGAGAACCCAAUUCGCGUAACUCCACAGUUUUGUACAUCGGAAGCAAAUUUUAUUGGUGCUCGUUUGUGUGUUGUACUUUUAUAGUAAAGCGGCCAGUUUUCUGUGCACUUUGGAUUAAAACGAAAAGUGAGUCUGGUUAGAAUUGACAAUGUCUGUUUUCAAAAAACCCAAAAAGAAUUUUAGACGAAGAGCGGCUGAGUUUAAUGAUGAUGAAGAUGAAGGAAGUGGUGAAAUUGAAAAGGUUGAAAUUGAUGAAGAGGAGACUCCGGUUCAGAUUCAACCCACUGUUCCUAAAGUGAAAGAAAAAAAUAAGGACAAACGAAAAAGUGUUUUGAGUUUUGAAGAAGACCUCAAUGAAGCAGAUGAUGGAGAAGUUUUCCAAGUUAAAAAGUCAUCGCACAGCAAAAAGAUUAUGAAACUUUUAGACAGGGAAAGAAAGAAAAAAAAAGAAGGAAAAAAGGAAGAUAAAGCUGAAAGUCUUGAGUUUUCAGACAGAAAGAAAGAUGACCCAUCUGAUCUUGUUAUUGUACUUAAAAAUACUGAAAUGCCCCGAAUUCUUAAUGGGAGAGAAGCGGAAGCCGCUGAACCAGAGGGCAUGAGUUCUGAAGAUGAAGAGAAACAACCCAAGUUUUCACAAUCUGAUCAUGUAAAAUUACUUCUAGAAAGUAUGUACCUUUAA